GCGUGCAGGUUCAAUUUUGGGCAGCAAUUUCCAGUAGGGAAAGUUGCUAUUAGAUUUUUGUGAAAGAAAUAGCAAAUUUUGAAAUUACUUUCAUGAGUAAAAACCUAAAAGUAAUUAAUUUCUUUCAAAGUUUUAUUUUUAUUCAAAAAUUAUCAUCACAUUAUAUUAAUUAAUUACAUUACAUUAAUUAUUAUCAUCACAUUUUAUUAUCAUUAAAGUUUCUCCGUUGAUUUAUCCACUGAAGGAUCGUUCGGUCGAGUGGUGGUAAUCUAGUGAUUUAAUUCGUGUCUCACAAUCUUUAAUGGGCAACAAUGCUAAUUAAAGACUAUAGAAAAAGUGGAAAAACUGUUUGAGUGUAUCAGGAUUUUGUGAAUAAUUAAAAAAUGUUUAGUAGUCAAGAUAUUUCGGUCAAUCAUUUGAAGUGUAAUCACUAUCCGAAGAGGGUGAAAAGGUUACCAAGUCGUUGAUUAAAUACCAGGAGUGAUACAUAAUAUUAAAGAGCGUUGAGGGGAGUGGAAAAACUUUAGCUCGAUCCGAUAAAUUAGAGGAGCCAUGGUGUUGAAGCUGCCUCAGUUUGUCUUGCUCUGCAUUAAUUCCACCCAACGUCGAAAUGAAAGUUUCCUUUCCAUUCACGAUUGGAGUCUUUUAGAAAAAUGGAUAUAAAAUUUAUCACAAAAGUUCGAAAAACAAGACUUUAUGAGAAUUUAUUGAAUAUGGGUAGAAAAAACUAAAAUGUUAACAACUAUGUCAUCAGCGGCAUUCGAGCUGAAUUCAUCAUAUUACACUGCGAUAAUUGAUGGGAGCAACACUCUAGAAAGAGUCUCAGUUUCAGUGCUUGAUCCUGUGAAUGAGACAGCCAGUCCAUAUAUGCUUCCAACAUACAUUCGUGUGACGUCUAUGGUCAUAGUAAUUGUCGUCAUGGUACUGGGUAUAAUUGGCAAUCUCAUGGUACCACUGGUUGUACUCCGUGGAAAGGAUAUGAGAAACAGCACUAAUAUCUUCUUGGUCAAUCUGAGUGCGGCUGAUCUUUGUGUUCUGCUCGUUUGCGCCCCGACUGUUCUUGUUGAAGUCAACUCUGGUCCCCAGGUCUGGCCUCUUGGUGAACACAUGUGUAAAAUCGUGCCCUUUGUGGAAUUAACAGUGGCCCACGCAUCCGUGUUGACAAUAUUGGCGAUCAGCUUCGAACGUUACUAUGCUAUUUGUGAGCCACUGCGAGCUGGGUACAUCUGCACGAAAACCAGAGCAACCUUUCUCUGUUUUCUAGCCUGGGUCUUCGCUGGAGUUUGUGCAAGUCCAAUGAUCUGGGUAUCCAAGUAUGCAAAAAUGGGUCCAAAUGGAACAGUCAUCCGCGAGGAGGUGAACGAAGUGUCAAGCAUUCCAGUCUGUCUAAUGCAAGCAACCACCACGUCCAUCACAUUAUUUAUACUUCUUCUGACAACUUGUUUUUUUUUUGUACCUCUUAUAAUUCUCCUGAUACUAUAUUCCAUCGUGGUGAAGCACCUGAUCAACGACUCAUCAACAUCAACAGCAGAGUCUUAUCACACAAGAGCCAGGAGACAAGUUGUGUUGAUGCUGUUGACAGUUGUCUUCAGUUUCUUCAUUUGUUUAUCGCCAUUUAAAAUUUUGACUUUCUACAUUAUCCUAGCACCGGCUGAGGAGGUUGAUGCCAUUGAUCUCGACACAUACUUUAAUAUUUUGUACUUCAGUCGAGUUAUGUUUUAUUUGAAUAGCGUUAUCAACCCGAUAUUGUAUAAUCUUAUGAGCAGUAGAUUCAGACAGGGUUUCUUCAAACUCUGUGGAUUAAAAAUGAGAUGGACAAGUGAGGGAAGUACAACGAGGAGCACUUUAGCAACAAGACUGUCAAGGAGAACUGUUAUUAACGAUCAGCGUGAAAAUUUCUUGUGACAAUUCCUCCAUUGUUUUAUGAAAAGUGCGCUUAGUUGUGGUGUAAUUCCAAAGUUGCUUAUUUCAUCAACUUUUUCCCUCAUAUCUGUACACGUUAUUGUUGAGAGUUUCUUCGUCCCGUAGAGACACUUUCAUCGAAAUGGGCAGAUAUUUUCCAAAUUGAGCUAGAACUUUUUUUCAUUAUCCCUUGCCCUCUCGCCUGAUGCCGUAUGGGGAUAAUGUUCAUAAUUCCAGUGAUAUGGCAAUAAAAAUUUGGGUUGGGGAAAAAGUGUUUUUGUAUUUUCGUGGUGAAUUCUGUUAAUGAUGUUGGACGGAGGUCAUCACACAUAGAAAAAAGUAGUUGUAAUAUAGGAGAUUUAAAAGGUAAUUUAAUGCGGGAUUUUUAAACAUGUAAAUUACGAUUUUGAAAAUGUAAAAUAUGUCUCAAAAAACGUAAAUUACUAAAUCCGACCUCGUCAAUUACGUUUUUUUGGCGCGUAAAAUACGAAGUCAUACCUCGAUUAACAUAAGAAAAUUCUUGAUGUUUUAAAUCAUAAUAAAAAAUAAGGGAGUCCAGUCAAUUUUCCAUGAUGUUAUGACUCCAUUGGUAUGGCCAUUGGCUGAAGCUAGACCUAAUAGGAGGCUCCAAGGCUGGAAACGGUUCCACGUCUAAAUAUCCAGUCGAAAAUACCCAAACAAAAAUCUCCAAUGAAAAAUGUCCAAAACAAUAAUAUCCAAAACACAAAUAUCCAAAUGCUAUCAAAUCCAAUACAAAAAUUCUCACGAAACAAAAGACCAAAAAAAAAUAAAUCAAGAAAGCAAAUAUUCACUCAACAAGAAUAUGAUCUUUAUUGUACACAAAAAUAAUUUAGUUUAAUUUAGUUUUUUCAUUACAACAAUUUACAGAACUACACUAUACAUGCAU